ACUAGGCUUAGGGUUAUUUGUCCCAUAACCUCAAGAUAGUUUUUUGAAUUAACUAUUUAAGGCCAUAUCAAGCAUCAGUUAGUAAAUUUUCAAUUAUUUUAUGUCAUUAGAACCAUAUGCCUAUAAUUAAAUAGGAAUAUUCCCAAACUAAAAUCGUCAUAACAUUUUUUUUGGGUGUUUGCACCCGGUUUACCCUUCGGGCUACAUCCGGAUCGAGGCCAAGUUCGGGAUGGUUAGGUUCCAUUCCUCUCUCAAGGAUGUUGCGAGGAUUCGAACACGAAUCCGUUCUACCAAAACCAGUCCCAUCAUCAAUGGACCAACACUUACUUGGUAAAAUCGUCAUAACAUUUUGAUGUAUAGUACGUACGUUACCUCAUGAAAGUCUGACGUAUAAUCUUACUACAUCACUAAUACGUUAUUACAACAUAACGCAUAACUUACAAAAAAAAGGUUCAAAAAUAUAUAACUGAAACAUUUAUUCACUGACCAAAAAUAGAAAUAUAGGAUACGUUUUGUAUUGUGAAUAAUUGUGAUAAUUAAUGGACAUUCAACCAACUACUAUAAAAUAAAGAACAUCUUCUCUGCAUAACUUGGGAUUAUAUUCAUAUUCAUUUAUAUUAGGAAUCACAUUCAAAACAGAGAAAAAAAAAUAAAGAAAAAUGUCUACCAUUGUUGCUCCAGAGAGAACGUCUCCUAUUGAUGAUGCUCAUGUUAUCAAAAAAGCAUGCAGAGGAUUAGGUACAGAUGAAAAUGCAAUAAUUUCAUUAUUGGGUCAUCGAAUGUCUUGUCAAAUUAAGCUAAUCAAACUAGCUUAUCAAGAAGUAUAUCAAGAGGAUCUCAUUAAUCAGCUUAAGUGUGAGAUUUCAGGAGAUUUUGAGAAAGCUAUAUGUCAAUGGGUUAUAGAUCCUGUUGAACGUGAAGCAAUUCUAAUUUUCGAAGCAUUAAAGAAAGAAAAACCAGAUUAUAAUUUAGUGGCAGAGAUCGUUUGUACCAAAUCUCCAGAAGAACUUCUUACACUUAAGCGUGCUUAUCAUAAGAUCUACAAGCAUGCUCUUGAAGAAGAUGUUGCAUCUCACACAAGAGGAAAAGUUAGAAAUUUUUUGGUGGGAAUUGUAAGCACUUACAAGUACUAUGGUGAUGAAAUUGAUGAGAUACUAGCAUAUUCAGAUGCAACCACUCUACAUGAUGAAAUUCAAGAUAAAAAAUCUAUACAUGAAGAGAUCAUAAGAAUUAUCACUACAAGGAGCAAGCAACAACUUUUGGCUACUUUCAACCAUUUCAAGGACAUUCAUGGGACAACUAUUACAAGAGCUCUAAGAGGCACCCCAGAACAUGAAUUUUUUGAGACAAUAAGAGUGGCCAUCAAAUGCAUCAGUUACCCUCAAAAGUACUUUGCUAAGAUCUUGCGCAAGGCGAAUGGACUUGGAACAGAUGAAGAUGUACUUACUCGUGUGAUCGUUACACGAGCAGAAAUCGACUUGAAAGAUAUAAAGGAAUUAUACCUAGAAAGGAACAAUACUUCACUUGAUCAAGCAAUAGCUGGAGAUACUUCUGGAGAUUACAAAGCAUUUCUUUUAACUUUGUUAGGAAGUGAAGGGUAUUGA